AUGAUUUUCACGAACUGCACGUGCGCCAGCGAGGAUCCCGAGGGGAUGCUGUCGCACCUGAAGUGCGGCCUAAGCAAGAGCGUCCGUCGUCCCUCCUUUAACAUUGAGCUAAUGUUCCGCCAGCCGGUGGUCCGGUUUCAGGUGAACAUGCGGAUCGUCUUGCCGCGCAACAAGGGCGAAGACUUCACCCUGUUCAAUCUCACUGGCAUCGAUGGCUGCAGCCUGCUCUCGAACAAGAAUCAGAUCGUCUUCAUUCAGCUGGGACGUGAGCGCAUGGAUCGGUUUAGCAAUGUCCCGAAGCGGUGUCCCUGGCCAAAGGAUGUGAUGUAUUAUGUGCGGGGAUUCCGAUCCGAUAUGCAGGCCCUGCCCGCCUUCAACUUUGAGGCUGACAUGAACCUGUGGUUCGAGUUCCUGUCAAAUGGGAACAAACUGAUCCGAGGGUUCAUCCAGAGUCGGGUGCAGCGGCGACGCAGUUCCAAAAAGGAUACCGCAGACGACUGAUGAAUCCCUGAUCCGAGUGGC